GAGAUGGAGGCUGAGCUACUGGCUCAUUAUUGUCCGUCCAGGCAGCACCUGCACUUCCUGCAGGUCGCAUUUGCGUCCUACGCCUUGUCGUGGGCCGCGGCGCUUCUGCUCCAGCUCCUGCCGAAGACGUGGCGGAAAACGGCGCACCGCUGGGCGGCGGGAUGCCUCCUGCGGUGGCGCCGAGGGAGGCGCGACUGUCUGCGGUUCCUCCUGCUUUUGGAAGUCACCCUCAACAGUGCCUUGCUGUUUGCCUUCAUUGUAGAGGAUCAUCUGUAUCAACUCUUCGAGAACUGCUUGCCCCUUGCAGAAAACGCCUUCCAGAUGGUUGACCUGGCCCUGAAUGUGUGCUUCCUAGGCCCUUUCCUCUUAAGGAUGGCUUUAGCAGAAAAUGUGAGGAAGUUUCUGUCAUCCUGUUACACCAUUGCAGAUUACUGCACUAUACCACCAGCCAUCUUUGGAGUGAUUAUUGGGAGGUCUUUUGUUGGUCUGCAGUUCAUGAGGAGCAUCUUCUUACUGAAGGUCCCAGAAAUUGGAGGAUCUGUUGAGAUAUCCCGUGGGUUUCUCAUCAGGAAGUCCCUGUCCAAGGUUCUAACUGUCUGGUUUUUGAUGGCCGGGCUCAUGCAUUUAAAUGAGGGUCUUGGCGACUCCACUUCUUUGGAGGAACCGCAUGAGUUGACCUAUGGAACUUGGCUCUACUUCACAGUGGUAACACUAACUACUGUCGGCUAUGGUGACAUCACGUGCAAGACAACGCUAUGCAGAUGUUACCUGAUAAUAUCCAUAGUCUUUACUCUGGUUUUAUAUGCAACAUAUAUACCUGAGCUGGUGAUGAGGAUCGGCAAACUGGAAACAAAUGUCAUGCCAUAUGUACCGAUAUUGGCUCGCAGGCACAUUGUGUUCUGUGGCUUCCUGGACCCUCAAAAGAUCCGCUCCUUUGUGACACGUUGGAUAGACAGGGGAGUUGACCUUGUCUUUCUGGGCGAGUUGUUGAGAGUUAGUGCUACGCCAGGGCGUGUCUACGUGCCAGUGGGCCAUGACUGCUUCCCUUUAGGGCCUCCUGCUGCUCCAAGAGCCUCCACAGUUCUGCCUAGGACUGCAAGGCACCGAGAAUCCAUGAGUGGCCACAAGGAUGAUGGCGGGAAGACUUAG